GUAUACUUACUCCCACAUUUACUUUUUCCAUGAAAUAAUAUGGCUACCUAGUGAACUCACUGGCCCAUGUAGAUACUUGGAUUUAUUUUGUCUGGGCAUUAUUUUUUAUUUUUUUAAUUUGUUUUUUGUCUUGAUUAACUACUCGAAAAUUUUGAAAUCUUGAAUGAAUAUCACAAAGAUUUUCUUAGACAACAAAAAUUUAGAUGAUGUGGUGGUAAUAUUUAUCCCAUCUUAGGCUAUACUUUUUUUGAAGUAAAAUAUUAUUUUCCUUGACAAGCACCUGACCCGUGACAGCAUGCUAGUUUCCUUUAUACAACACAAAAGACUGAGCAACUUUUCUUCUUGGACUGCCAGAAAAUGAAUUUGCUGCAAAGAAUUCAAGAACUCGCUUCUCCUCAUCUUGAGAUUAUUACAACCUCAGACAUUGCAAAGCCUCAUCUCCUUCACCACUUGCAGUAGAGAGUUUCUACAGCAUUCCCUUUUGUUUUGUUUUGUCAAUGGAAACGCCAAGAAAGAGUGAAGCAGCGGUUUGGGCCGUCGUGUUUCUUUGCUUUUGGAGCUCUGCAAACGGUUUGCUUUCCGCAAAAGGUGUAAACUUUGAAGUACAAGCUCUGAUGGGGAUAAAAGCUGCUUUGAGGGAUCCACAUGGGGUUCUUGAUAAUUGGGAUGGUGAUGCUGUUGAUCCAUGUAGCUGGACUAUGGUCACUUGUUCUUCACAGAAUCUUGUGAUUGGCCUAGGGAGUCCUAGUCAGAAUUUAUCUGGCACACUGUCUCCUAGCAUUGGGAACUUGACUAAUCUUCAGAUAAUAUUGUUGCAGAACAAUAACAUAACCGGACCUAUUCCAUCUGAGCUUGGGAGGCUGUUGAAGCUUCAAACACUUGAUCUUUCAAAUAAUCUGUUUAGGGGCAGCAUCCCUCCUGCUUUAGGCCACUUGAAAAUUCUUCAGUACAUGAGGCUCAACAACAACAGUCUCUUUGGAGAGAUUCCAAUGUCACUAACCAAUUUGACUCAGCUUUCUUUAGUGGACUUGUCUUACAACAACUUGAGCGGCCCUGUGCCUCGUUUCCCUUCAAAGACGUUCAAUGUCAUUGGGAACCCCUUGAUAUGUGAGAGAGGUUAUGAACCUCAAUGUGCUGGCGGCAUAGCAUUGAUGCCAAUGUCCAUGACCUUAAACACUUCACAAACUCUUACCUCUGCCAAAUCAAAAUAUCGCAAGCUUUCCCUUGCAAUUGGGACAAGUGUGGCGGCCAUCUGUCUGCUUGCUGCUGGAUUUGGGCUGUUUUUCUGGAGAAGGCAGAGGCGUAAGCAGCAAAGGUUCUUCGAUGUCAAUGAUCGUGAGCACGAGGAAGUCUCACUCGGGAACUUGAGGAGGUUUCACUUCAGGCAGCUGCAGCACGCGACGAACAACUUCAGCAGCAAAAACAUCCUAGGAAAAGGCGGCUUUGGCAACGUCUACAAGGGCUAUCUCCAAGAUGGCACGGCCGUGGCUGUGAAGAGGCUCAAAGACGGCAGCACAGCAGGCGGGGAGAGACAGUUCCAAACAGAAGUCGAGAUGAUCAGCCUUGCUGUUCAUCGCAACCUCCUCAGAUUGUAUGGUUUUUGCAUGACAGAAACCGAGAAGCUCUUGGUCUACCCCUACAUGUCCAACGGCAGCGUUGCUUCUCGUCUCAAAGCCAAACCAGUCCUAGACUGGAGCACGAGGAAGCGGAUCGCCCUAGGAGCUGCGAGGGGGCUGCUGUACCUCCACGAGCAAUGUGACCCGAAGAUAAUCCACAGAGACGUCAAGGCUGCAAACAUACUCCUUGAUGACUACUGCGAGGCAGUGGUGGGUGAUUUCGGGUUGGCAAAGCUCCUAGACCAUCAGGACUCACACGUCACGACUGCUGUGCGUGGCACAGUCGGCCACAUAGCCCCCGAGUACCUCUCCACGGGCCAGUCCUCCGAGAAGACCGACGUCUUUGGAUUUGGGAUCCUUCUCCUUGAACUCAUCACUGGGCAGAGAGCACUGCAGUUUGGCAAAUCAGCUAAUCAGAAGGGAGCAGUUCUUGAUUGGGUGAAGAAUCUUCACCAAGACAAGAAGCUAGAGGAUCUAGUAGACAAAGAUCUCAAGAACAACUACGACAGAAUCGAGCUAGAGGAGAUAGUGAAGGUGGCAUUGCUGUGCACACAAUAUCUUCCCGGGCUGAGGCCGAAGAUGUCGGAGGUUGUUCGUAUGCUUGAAGGCGAUGGGCUUGCAGAGAGAUGGGAGGCAUCUCAGAGAGUGGACUCACACAAGUUCAAGACACAGGAGCUCUCCUCGUCGGAGCGAUAUUCCGACCUCACCGAUGAUUCCUCGUUGCUUGCACAGGCCAUAGAGCUCUCUGGUCCGAGAUGAGAAGCAACUGCUUGUGAUUCUGAUCAUCACAUAAUCAGACUUCUCAAAGGGGAACUUCAUACAGAGUUAUAAAUUUGAAAAAGCCCAUUUUUCUUCAUGUUUGGAAAUAGCAUACCAAAAAUGGUUUGAUCUUUCAUCAUUACUGUAUAUAGUGUUGGUGUUCUUUGUUAGAGGAUAGCUGAUUGUUUCUCUUAUGCUUGAGUGAUUUUGUAAGUUAGAGUGUUUGAUUUUUUUUUUCUUUUACUUUUUUGUUAUAUUUGUGGAAGUAAUAUAUAAACCAUUAGUGGUUUGAUUA